AGCAUUUGGUGUUGUUUUUAUUACGUUGCUCGUUCUCCAUUUUAGUUUCAGUUCAGCGAGGGGAAACCAUUAUUUAAUUUUACUGCAGGUGAGCCAUGCAAUAGUGCAUCCUUUGUGGCGUUCACUGGACAAAAAUGGCACAACGAUUUCCGCCAGCCGGUGGGAUGCCGCAGCGCUAUGGUUCCCCCGGACCGUCUAGUGCACCGGUGAUGCGGCCAUACGGAGCCCAACCAAACACAUACGGGGUUCGUGGGUAUUCCCCGCAGCCACCAAUGGGUGGUCCGCCACCGCAAAGUCAACAUCUCCACCAGCGACCAAUGCAGGCCGGAUAUCAGGGUGGCAACAUGCGCGGUUCUCCGAUGGCUGGAAGCUCCGGUAGCGGUAGCAAACGCGGCGCCGACCGCAACGCGUCUCAACACAAGCCGGGGGAGUACCAGGCAAAGAAGAAAAAGAAGCUGGCGGACAAGAUACUACCGCAAAAGGUGCGUGACCUGGUGCCGGAAUCGCAGGCCUACAUGGAUCUGCUCGCCUUCGAGCGUAAGCUGGACGCAACGAUUAUGCGCAAGCGGCUCGACAUCCAGGAGGCACUGAAGCGUCCAAUGAAGCAGAAGCGCAAGCUGCGCAUCUUCAUCUCGAACACGUUCUACCCGAGCCGCGAGCCACCGGACGGUGUGCUGGAUCCGGCCCAGCAGAUGGGUGGCGAUGCGAGCGGGCUGGUCGCGUCCUGGGAGCUGCGGGUCGAAGGCCGCCUGCUCGAGGACGGCAGCAAGAACGACCCGAACAAGGUGAAGCGCAAGUUCAGCAGCUUCUUCAAGUCGCUCGUGAUCGAGCUGGAUAAGGAGCUGUACGGGCCGGACAAUCAUCUGGUCGAGUGGCACCGGACGCACACGACCCAGGAGACGGACGGGUUUCAGGUGAAGCGGCCCGGCGACCGUAACGUGCGCUGCACCAUUCUCCUGCUGCUCGACUACCAGCCGCUGCAGUUCAAGCUCGAUCCGCGUCUGGCCCGGCUGCUCGGCGUGCACACGCAAACGCGCCCGGUCAUCAUCUCGGCCCUUUGGCAGUACAUCAAGACGCACCGCCUGCAGGACGCUCACGAGCGCGAGUACAUCGUGUGCGACAAGUACCUGGAGCAGAUCUUCGGCUGCCAGCGCAUGAAGUUCGCCGAGAUACCGCAGCGCCUCAAUCCGCUGCUGCACCCACCCGACCCGAUCGUGAUCAACCACGUGAUCACGGUCGAGGGCAGCCUGGACAACAAGCAGACGGCCUGCUACGACAUCGAUGUCGAGGUCGACGACUCGCUGAAGAACCAGAUGAACAGCUUCCUCAUGAGCACCGCGAGCCAGCAGGAGAUCCAGACACUCGAUGGCAAGAUCCACGACACGGUCGAGACGAUCAACCAGCUGAAGACAAACCGGGAGUUCUUCCUCAGCUUCGCCAAGGACCCGCAGACGUUCAUCCACAAAUGGAUCGUGUCGCAGAAGCGCGACCUCAAGGCGAUGACGGACGUGGUCGGCAAUCCGGAGGAGGAGCGCCGGGCCGAGUUCUACUACCAGCCGUGGACGCAGGAGGCGGUGUCGCGCUACUUCUUCACGAAGGUUAACCAGAAGCGUGCCGAGCUGGAGCAGGCGCUCGGCAUCCGCAACUCGUAGCCACCUCGUCGCGAAGGGUUCACGAAUCUUGAUGCCAUGCUGGGAGAUGACGCGUAUACAUAUAUAUUUUGUUUUACCUUUUCUCUCUUUUCCGUUACAUUAUACACAUUUGCGAGUUCGUUCUUUUUGUAGUUUCCGGUCGCAUAUGACAAACGUUCGUUUAAUCACGGUUUUUUGUUUAACAAACACACACAAACAUACGUUAUUUUCCGGCUCUGUCUCCAAAAAACAUCCCCAUCCCAUCUCGUACCUGAAUAGAUGUGUGACCGAUUGUUGGUGUGGUUAGGGUUCACGCACGGAUGCGGAUGUAUGGCCGUUGUACAAAAGCGUAAGAGGAACGUAAUGUUUUCCGCGAGCCCCACCGGGGAGCAACAGAUUUAACACUGACGAAACCUUAUACGAAAACGUUACGGAUCAAGUGCAAACGAUCUUUUGUUUUUUGCAAACGAUUUUCUGGGUAAAAUGAAGGAAUAUAAAUAAAGAAACAGUUUUAGAUGGUCAUAA